AUUCAGGCGAAACAAGAAACUCUUCCAGACACCAUCUGUGAGCACCCACACUGAAGGAAGAAUGAACAGCGGGCGGCGCCGUUGAGCAACACGGCGGCGGCGGCGGCGCAGAACAACAACAAGUGACGGGAAACAUGAACGGCUUGGCGUAUUCAAGAUGAGUGGCCUGUGGGGGCUGCUGGGUGGGGUAUGGGAGGAGUUAUGGGUGGAUAUUGGGGAUGGACUGUGGCUGGUGCUGAAUACCCUGGGACUUGGCCCCCUCGUGGUUCAUCUCAAUCAGGAGCUGGCUGCCACCUCCCCACACCGGAGAAGAUCCAUUGUCCGCAUUUUGGGCUCUGUUCUCCCCCUAAAACCUGUGGAAAGACCGUAUUUAAGAUACGUUGCACUGCGCAGCUUGAGCACCUCCUGUGACUCCCUCUACUCAGCACACACUCAGGGUGGGAUCGAUGCCAAGUGGCUAGCAGACACAGAGAGGAUAACCAGGUUCAGACCAAUCCUACCAAGAUGUGAAACUGUUCCAAACCUCUUUCCAUUGCCUGGCGGUGAGGAAGAGACUCCCCGAUCCUCCACACCCUUCAGCAUAGCCUCUGAUAUUGGCCCUCCCCAGCUUUGUCCAGAGGCAGGCACUCAGGGUGACAGCUUCUACCAAUCUGGCCUGCAACACUCUACCAUACAUGCUGCCUCCCCUUUCACCAACCCUGCAGCUCUUGCAAAAAUAUCUGCCUUGGAGGAUGAACUUGCACAACUACGCAUGCAGGUUGCAGGUUUACUGAAUCAAACUCACCGCCCAGCCACACCCCCACCUAGUCCAGUUCCUUCCAUGGCACCUCCUCCUCCACCACCACCUCCUACACCCUUCCAGUUUGCUCCUCCUCCUCCUCCUCCUCCCCCUCCACCUCUAUUACCAAUGUCCUCAAAUUCUGCCAGUGAUCAAGGCUCUAGGAAGUGUUCUUUCUCAGAUUUAAUUGCUCAAAAGAAAGACAACAUCAACAAACACAUAGUGCCCAUAGAGGUCCCACCCAGCACCACCAGUGCCUCCACAGGGGUGUCUAUGACUGAUGUGCUGAAGGGCCUCAACAAAGUCAAGCUAAAAAGGGUAUCAAGAUCUCCUGGAGGUACACCUGUUAGAUCAAGGCCCAAGUCACCUACUCCUGGGGACCCGGCUGCCAUCAUUGCUGCUGCCCUCAAGAAGCGAUUUGCUAACAUGCAUGCAGAGUCCCCAGAGAAGGAAGUGUCUGAAGAUAACGAAUUCAACUCCUCCCCUGAAACAACGCCAAAGACUAGUCGGAAAAGUUUGGUGGACAUCCCAAAGAGAAAACUGCUUGACGAGGCAAAGAAUCCUGCCCAGAACUUGUUCAAGCUGUUAAAAAGAUCUCCUCGAGUACCAAGGCCAGAACCAGCAAAGAAAGAAAAGUCAGAACUUCCUGUUUUUGGGCAGCACCUCCUCAAGAAGCGUGUGUCCCAUCCGCCAGAGCCAAGGGACAGUGUGAGUCCCAGCAGUGAGGCCUCGGACCUGUCCCGCUGAGGGAGGAGCCUUGCCAUGCCACUUCACUGGUGCAUUUAUUUAGUAAGAGAGCAUUUAAGUGAACUUUAUUUUAGCAUUUAGGGUAAACAAAACUUUAACCAUAAAUGUAUAUAUAAAUUUACAUUGCAAAGAUGCUUUUCCUUCAGAAAGAGUAUGAUUUGGUAAAACUAUCUCGUUAUUGGUAAUACAGCACUGACUUAAAUGUAGGAUAUUAAGUAAGGGUAAACCUAGUCAGCAUUAUCAGUCAUACUAAUUCCUGCACUAAGUCAAGAAACAGAAGAACACAUGCAGUCAGAGGAGGCCACAGGAUCAUUCACACACACAAAGAAAGGCAGCAUAAAUGAUACCAAGCGGGACAGUGGAAAGACCAGGGGAUGAACAUAAAUUGAGGAAAACAAGACGUAAAACUUAUGUUAAGAAGUUUAGCUUCCCCAAUAGAAUAAUUGAUACUUGGAUGAUAGUCUUAAUGCUGAAGUAAUUAGAGCUAAGAACAUCCACAGGUUUAAAGCAAAGGUGGACACAACAGAUAUGAAGACAGGACAAUACAAACUUAUCUGAAAUCACAUGUCCCUUUAGUUUCAUUCAUCACCAUCAUCAUCAUCAUCAUCACCAGUCAUAUAUAUUAGUACUGAAGUGUACACACAUUGAAAGAAAACUAGACUGUAAUUUAUGCAAAGGUCUGAUCUCCCUUCCACUUGCAUUUUGUCCAUCAUUAUCAUGAACAUUCUUUUCCACAUAAUGAAAAUGGCUGGGCUGAACCUCAGGAGGUAAAUGAAUGCUCAUAGAUAGAGAAGAAAAGGUUACCCAGUGAAAUAUUCAUGUAUUUUUAUGAUAUUCAUGUAACUAACAGAAAUGGGUUCAUCAGUGGUUUUAUUGAACAAUGGCAUCAUUCCAAAACAGAUCUUAAGAAAUUUGUUUAUAUAUUUUACAUUUAACUCUCAAACAUUUUUGAAGGGUAGAAAAUCUAUCAUGUUGGUGUGAAUAUUUACCUGUAACAAAGAGAAUGUGACCUCUGCUCAAAUGUACAAACUGGUGUGAUUAGUAUAAGUAUGUGCUGAGAUGUGCUGUAAUAGUGACAACUUGUCAUGUCAUAAUCAUGUUAGCUUCUAUAAAAAAAAAUAGUCGUGACAAGGUUCAGAUUUGUACUGCAUUCCAUAAAAAGCUGUGGAGGACACCAUCCAACUCAAAUCUCUCAAUUUAGUUGGAGAACCUCUUACUGAAUGAAAGCCCGUAUGAUUAGGAUGGUGUGCUACAUCCUUUUGGUCUUAGAGGAUAACUGGAGUAUUUAAUCUUACCAAAUUCUUUUAUGUGGCAGCAGCAAUGUUUAUGCAUCAUAUGCAUAUGCAUACUGGAUCAUAUGCAUUCCUUUUUUAGUAUUCUUUAUGAUUAUUUUAACCUUUAGUAUAUCUAACUUUUUAGCUGGAUUUAUUUUUGUAUGUAAGAAGGUUAAUCAAGAAACUAACAUAAUAUUUAUUGGAUAAAAAGUGUACAAUAUCAUCAUGAUCAUUGACGUGCACACUUUGUCAUUGCAUCAAUGUCAUGGCCAAAGGUCACCCCAACUCUGUCAAAAAUUAGGUGGUGACUGAGUGGGCAAGACAACAGCACAAUAUUCUUGAAGCCCAUAUUCAAGCCAUACAAGUUCUUGACCAGUUUGAUGAAAAGUCACAUCAACCUUAGCCACUCCUUAUUACUUUGUAUACAUGGAGGUUACACAUGGGCCCUUGAAAACAUACAGCCUUUACCAUAUCCUCUGUCAAGGCCAGCACAACUUUUUUUUUUUUUUUUUUUUUUUUCUAUAUUUCAUUGUACCACUCCCCGUCAUAGUUUCCAAUUUAGCUUUGAAAAGGGGUGUGUAGCUACAGUGUCUGCCAGCAGUCUCCUUAUACUUGUAGAUCUGAUUUAAUUACCUCAGUUUUCAUAUUGUAGUCAGUACCCAGACUCUGUGAAAGUAGUGGGCAGUUUAUUGCACCUCACUGUACUUUGGCUGGAGCAGAGAGAAAGCUGAUACCUCUCCUCUGCUUCUUUAAAAAGAGUUGUGGAGCAGAGUACUUUGAAGAGUAUCUUAUUCAAAUAAUUCAGACUAUUUCACAUGAAAAUAUAGCAGAUAAGAAAACAUUGCUAUUUUUAUAUUGCAAAAUUAAGUCAUUGUAGAGAAAGCCUGACAUCUUCAGUUUCUUUUACAAACCCUCUUAUCAAGCUAAUGCAAAGGUGAGUAAAACUAGGCUUGCAAUGAUGUGUGAUCAGCUCUAAUGUAUUAACAAUGCACAUAUUUCAAUUGUGUCAGCUUUGUUUUUGUUGAAAAAAGUAAACAGUAUUGAUUACUCCUGCCUGAUGAGCCAUUUUUUGGAAUAUAUUACAUCCCAACUGUUACUCUGAAUUGGUUUUCACCAAAAGCAAUGCUAAUUAAGUUGAGACAUGUGCUCAGUAUGGGUCACAUAUCAUCGCAAGCUUGCUGUUACUGAUCUGAGCAACAGCUUGAUAAAUCAAUGGCAAAAGGAAAGUGGAGUCUUAGGUUGUUCUUACAUUUGCUUAAUUUUGCAAAAAAAAAAAAAAAUGAGUAAAUGCUUUAUCUGUUACAUUUUCAUAUAAAAAUAUUUGAAGUACUAUGUGAAUAAAACAUAAUGGUACUCUACCCUAGUGCACUUGUAGAAAAGCAAAGGAGAGGCAUUGUCAUUCUGUCUGCACUAGUCAGAGAUAUAGGAUAGUGGUGCCCUCUUCCCAAAUUAAGUUUCAAAAGUUCAUCAAUAGUAGUCACACUACUGCUGAUUAUAGCAUUUUCAUGUAAUAUAUGCAUUCACUUUAUCAUCUGUUUAUAUUUAUGUUUAACAACACAUGUACAUAUCUAAUGACUGUCUUUCUAGAUAUCAGAAAUAUCCACACUAAUAUUGCUCAAAAUUAUUAAAAAAAAAAAAUUAAUGAUUUCUUGCAGUUCUGACAUCCAUAAUUAUGGUGACCUUAAGGGGUUUCUGUGUGUGCAUGUGUGUGUGUGUGUGUGUGUGUGUGUGUGUGUGUGUCAGUCAUGCAUGACAGCUAUGUUUUGGCAGUUAAGUACUGUAGUCUUGUUUUCAUAAGCAUUAUUUACACAGUUGAUAUACAGAGUUUUUCAGAUAUGAUCAUAAUACUGAUUCAUUCCAUACAUGUGACCACUUUUUGUUUAGUUCUUAAUCCUGUACAUGAGAUUUUAAUGUAUUUGUAGAAAAAAAUGUGUAUGAAUGAUAACUGGCAAGUUUGACUUAAAUGUUAAGAGUUAACAAUUUGAAUAUUUGGAUCUACCUAAAAUAUCACCACUACCUAAAACAUCAUUUUGAAUACAGUAAAAAUGACUGUAUAUUACACUGGCCAACAACAAAUUUAUUGUCUUAAUUUUUUUUUUAGCUAAUGUAGGACAAUUUUGAUGUGCUGAAUCCAAAAAUCACAUUGGUUUUGCUCAAUCAGGUCAACUUUUUUUUAUCUAUCGCCACAUGAUGUUCUUUAUGUUUUUUUUUUUUUCUAAACAUACAGGUAUUUUCUAUUUAUAUGAGGCAAAAUUCUUUCUUAUUUCUUUAAAUAAAUGAAUUCUGAAGAGUUUACAUGCGCCAUUUUUUGACUAACUGGUAUUUUUUGUAUUUUGUUGGAAAAACAGUCCAGGUGCACCAAGUACCCACACUUUCUGUGCAUGUGGGAUAGUAGGGACAAAGCUCAGCAUUACUUGAAGAAGGACUGGCCUGUACGGGAAGAAUUGGUGCCUUGCAGAGCAAGGAACGUAAUAAACAACCCUCUGGUGGACAGAGACAGGAUACUCUUCCCACUGCUGCACAUCAAGCUUGGCUUGAUCAAACAGUUCACUAAAUCUCUGGACAAGGAUGGUGGCUGCUUCACUUACUUGUGCCAUGCUUUUCCAGGAUUGACCAUGGAGAAGUUGAAAGCUGACAUCUUUGACAGUCCUCAACUUUGUCAGCUCAUCAGAGAUCCAGAGUUUGAAAACUCAAUGAACAAAGUGGAACUCGAAACAUGGAAGGCUUUUGUUCUUGUCGUGAAGAACUUCAUUGGCAACAAGAAGGCCAGGAACUACGCAGAACUUGUCACCAAUAUGCUGACUGCUUUCAGAAACCUCGGAUGCAACAUGAGCAUCAAACUGCAUUACUUAUUCUCACAUAUGGAUCGGUUUCCUGAGAAUAUGGGAUCAAUGAGCGACGAGCAGGGGGAGAGAUUCCAUCAGGACAUGAAAGAGAUGGAGACCAGGUAUCAGGGACGCUGGGAUGCAGUCAUGAUGGCUGAUUACUGCUGGAUUCUUAACUCUUUCAUUGCUAAACGCUCACAGUGAGCGGUAGCGCAUUUGCUGGUGGUGCUAAACGCUCGUUGCGAGCUCCAGCCACACUCACAUCUCCCGCGUAUGAGUGUGUUCCAACACUAUUUCUCACAACACAGGAUUGCUACUUGAGUGGGUUUUCCACUAAAUUUGGUGGAAAAUCAUAUCAGCCUAGCGCAGGAAAUUUACAGACGAGUAACUGGUGGAUGUUCUUUUCCAAUAUAGCGGCUUUUUUGCAUAGUUUCACCUAUCACCUGACUGAUUCUUUAACCAAAUAAUUGUAAAUUUUGCAAUUGGCAAUACUACCUUGCCAGCACCUCAUGGAGAGAUGUCCACAGCGCCCCCAAUAAUGGUUGACCGUCACAGACGCACUGACGUAAGUGUUCACAGGCAACACCCCCUGAACGUGCAUGUACAUUCGCAGGAGAGACAUACAUAACCGAAUCCUUUAGAUCUUGGCCUCCUCUUUCCAAUGGUGUUUUGGGUUUUUAGCUGUGAUGAAUAGUUUUUGAGAUACAGUGCGCCUGGGGGGAUAUUCGCUUCCUUGCCAUGCGCACUGAAAGGGUUAAGAGAGACAUCCCUACCCCUGAGCAUUCUAGGAGUUCGAAGAAACGGAAGUUCAUGCCCUGAAUUUUGAACAAUGAUGACCUAAUACCCAAUUUACAUGUACUUACCUUUAUCAAUGUCUACUAUUCAAUGUACACUUAUCAAUUUUUGAACAUUUAAUUAAUGAAUUGUGUUAGAAAAAGAUUUUUUUUAUCUUAAAAACCUAUUUCGGAUGAGAAAUAUUAACAAAAAUCAACCGAAAAUGUCACAAAAAUGUAAUCGAUUUAGUUAUAAGAUCGGAUUUUUAAAAAAUCGACAACACAAAAACCUGACCUGAUCAAGAGAAACGGGUGUCAUUUUUGGAUUCAGCAGUGCAGAUUUCUAAAUCAGUUGAAAAAACAUAGAAGACAACUUACAUUUUUUUUUGGGGGGGGGGGGGUUGUAACCCAGUGUUAUUUAUGCAUUUUCUAUUGCAAUUGAAAAGCCCAAGAUUCAGUUGUAAACAUUGGAAUAACUGUUUCAACCAGUGUACAUGUUCUUUACAUUUUUUAUGCCUAACAAAAUCUAAAUGUUCUUGAAAAUAUUUGAUCUAAGGACAUCAGGCAUUGACAUAGCCAUGGAUGUGUACUAUGCUUCUGUCCUACUGGUCAGAAGAGAUACUGCGUAAAGGUUGGGUUACCAAAAGCAGAAAAGAAUUUGGCCAAAACCAUAACCAGCACUAAAUCUCCAUCACAGUUGCACACUGCAAAAGAAAUCAUUGAACUGGAGUACUUAAUGGUAUCUUAUUUUUCUUACUGUUUAUGCAUUUAUGAAGAUUGAUAUCACUCCAAAAGUUUGAAGUAUUAGUUCAUCUCAAUAUAUUUACCAGCCCUGGAUUAACCAUUGAGCAAAAUAAGCACAUGCUUAGGGCCUCAAGGGAAGAGGAGCUCUACAGAUUUUUUUUUUCCAGUGACAGACUUACAAUGGACCAUGGAGCAAAUGUUGCAGCUGAACCAGGGCCCAUGAAAAGGGGGCCCACAAUGAAUAAAUGUUUUUAUUUCAAAUUACAUAUAAUUGGGGGGGUACCAUAAUCUUCUCAAUGCUUAGAGCCUCUAAUGGUCUUAAUCCAGCCCUGAUUUUUACUGUUCUCUGUUUUAAGAAUUAAAAAAGUACCUCCUUUGUAAGACCUAGGAAGCCUGUAAUGGCAUUCAGCUUCAGGGAUUGAAAAUCAAAGUUGUUUAUGGUAGGAAACUGUGAGUAAAUAUACAGCAACAUGACAAAAAGGCAAAUGUAAAUGGCAGACAGUUUUACAGUUAAUUAACUUCCAAUUGUGUUUCUCUACUGUAAAAUUUUAUUUUUGAAUAUUCCAGUAAUUUUCUUUUUACAAGUUUAAGUAUUGUUGAGUGAAAUAAUGUCUUACAAUAAUAUGAACUACAAAUUUGAGUUUCUUUAAAGUCAUUUUCCUGCCAUGUGUUAUUUGAUGCCUAAACUUUGUGCCUUAUCAUGGAAUCUUAAGAAAUUCCAAGACUAGUGAAAGACAUUGUGUUCUUCUGGAACCGUUAUUUAUAAGAUGGAUCUUAUGCUUCCAUUUUCUCAUAAGGAAGCCAGCACACCUAGAGACAAGGAUAAGGCAAGCUAAUCCUGUACACUAACCAGGUAAACACACUAUGUAUGCAUUUACUAGCAUCUUGUCUUUCUCCUUUAACCCUUUCCAUACGUGACUCAGACGUCUGCAUCACAGUAUGGAAAGGGUCAAGAGGAAAUGGAAGAGGAUUAAUCCUCUUCUAAACCUUUCAAUCCUCCUCUAAAUUCCUCUUAAUCCUCUUCCACUUCCUCUUAUAGAGGUUUAGAAGAGAAUUAACAGGAAAUGGAAGAAGAUUAAGAGGUUUAGAAGAGGACUAAUGGUGAUGAUGUCGCACGCCCUUCGGACGCUGAUGUCGGCGUCGCCGGAUUGAAGGGGUUAAUUUGUUAUAUACUUAGUGACUGUAUGGAGUACAUACAUACAGUGGAUAUGUAUAUGUUUUAUGUACAGAGGUAAAUUGGUUCCAAUUAUUUUAAAUAAUAAAGCUUAUUCUCUA